GCAUUUGCCACCAAGCGCUGACUUGCUAAGAAGGACGUCAAGAACUCAUUAAAAUCUGCAUGACUGAAAGUUAAUCAGAUACAUCACGCCAUCGCAAAGAAAAGAAAGACAGGAAGCUUUUAGAAGGCAUAGAGACUGUGUCUAAGACUGACAACUACAUUAGAGCUGAAGGUUACUUUGAAAACUGCCUUGGAAUACGCUUGUCGGCGAUAAGAGAUCAGCAUGGAUCCAGAGAAUUCAUUAGCAACCAGUUAUGACUCUACUUCUGCAAGCAGGUCAGUUUUCUUGUGCCAAAAACUUCCAAACAUCAUCUGGGAUUUGACUCAUACGACUUUCCCCUGGAUUUUAGUGUUCAUUACAUCUAUUGCUUCUCCUAUCAUCACUUUCCUGAACGCUACUGUAAUCGUGGCUUUUAAGAAACGGAGAGAACUAAAAAAACAGUCGAACAUUUUGCUAUGCAGCAUGGCCUUCACUGAUCUCCUAACAGGUGCUAUAACCAUGCCACUAUCUGCCACAACCGUUGUUUUAAUGCUCAGCCAAGUUUCUUUGGAGCAUAUUUGUACAUUAGAUUCCCUGGUGACGAAACCUAUAAUAUUUCUCAUGUCUUUAUCAUCCUUAUUUCACUUAACUGCCAUUGCUUGGGAGAGAUACAUGGCCAUAAAAUGUGGGAUGGAGUACAAGAGCAAGGUAACAGAAAGUCUCCUCAAAAAAUUUGCGCUAACUGCUUGGGUAUUACCUUUUUUCAAACAAGGUCUAACUGUUAUAGUGAUGGCAAUUAGUAUCUCAGAAAAUUUCCUUGGUAUCUGCAUUUUAGUUGAGGCUGUCGUGGUCCUUUGUUGUUCAAUCGCCAUUGCAUAUUUUUACUUCAAGGUCUUACUUGGAGUGCGGAGGCAAAAGAAGAACAAAACUAGCCAGGUAUCUGUUUUGUUGAAUGUGAAACUCCAAUCUAAAAUUGCCACUACAACUGGUUUGGUAACCGCUGCACUUCUUUUUUCGUUUGUUUUUUCAGUUGUUAUUGUUAUUCUAGGUAGUUUUUCACCAAUAUUUCGUAUGAAUUCCACUUUUCAAUUGGCAGAGCUAGUUUUACAGCUGAACUCCCUUUUAAAUCCAAUAUUAUACUGCUAUAGCGACCACCGUUUUAAAAACGCUGUCCAAGAGCUGUUAGGUCUCAAAAAAACACAAAAAAUCCAACCAACCUUUCAUGCCAAUCGAUGUUUAAGACGAAAAGAGUCCUUUCAAUCAGUAGAGAUGAAACUGCAAGGAGAGGAAAUUUUCAUCGUGCAAUCUACAAAAUCCGCUCCCUUUGAGCCUGCCGUUGAACAUGAAGGGGCCUCUAGCAUAAAUAUGGAAAGGUCCAUCUCUGGAUACUGCAGUGAUUCAUUUGCUCAAUGUAAUGUCCAGAUUCCGGAGCCCUUGUCCGUCCAUACGACAACCGCUGUGAUCCAUAGUCAAAGUUCUAGGCAAUGUAGAUAUAGAAUUUCCAAAGAAAAGGUUCACCCUGUAUCACCAACUGCAAACGACGCAGUUUCUUCGCAAGGAUCAGCAAAUCGAACCCUUACAACAAGAUCGAAUACCUGCGGGGCUGAACCAUCUGAAUUUAUUGAAAAUAUUGCUUAGAAAUGUGAAUUAGAAAGCAGAGGACCGAGGGUGAAACAAAGUCAAUAACUCAAAGGAAAAUAAAGCCCUGAAUUCAUUAUGAACAAGUUUUGAAAGGAAUUGGAAACUACACUAUCAAAUUCCUGCUUUGCAAAAAAAAAAAAAGAGCACAGUACUUUUGCGCUUUGUUUUCAGCUAGAGGAAACCUUCUCUGGAGGAGGGUAAAUCAUCAAGAAAUUAUCUUUUCAGUUAAAAUUUGUCCACAUAAGUAGGAAAGAAGUGUUUGUCGUUACACAAUAAGCAACUUAAAAAGGCAUCAGGUUUUUAUGAAAGAAGAGUUUUGUGUAUAUCGCCGUUAUGUUGGAUUCUUUGACGCUCUAAAGUUGCUUCAAGAGAACAUAAACUCUUAAGCAUGACGUUUAGCAAACGGGAAACGGCAAAUAUGACCACAUCAUCAGUUUUUCCAGGAAUUUUUGACAUAUUCCGUUUCUUUUCUGCCGUUUUUGGCAGCAAGGAACGGAGAAAGUUUUGCGUUAAUAAAAAACGUCAUUAAAAAGUAUAUUCUCUAAUGCCGUUGUAAAGGGUUGGCAGUCGUGUGCUUCAUAGCGAAACUUAUUUACUGCCUUUAGGUAAAACAAUUGUCUUGUUUUACUUUACCAG